UCACGUGAGAAAGUCCGAGUGCCUUGUCACCCACGUCUGGAGGGCGAAAGGUCUCAAACGUAUUUUAUCAAAUUGCAGAACAGCGCCGUCUCGCAGUUGGUACGUUUGUUAAAGGGAAUGGUACGUGGUGUGUGGCGGUGUUCGGAACUGCGGGUGCAGAUCCGCUUCUCCGCUACGAUGGUCACUUGGACAGUACGGCAUCCAGGCUCGAUCCUUUCGUUGCUAGUAAUCUGUGCUGUGCUGUGUGGACCAGGUGGAGUCAGUGUGGUCAGUGGAGCCGACGAUGGCUCCAGGUUCAAUGAUCACAAAGAGUUGGAGGUCCUGUCGAUCGCCUCUAAAGCAGAAGAGAAUCACGCAAAUUGCUACCUUGUGUCGUCCUGCAAGUCGGAAUGUAGCCGAGAAAGGUGUCGUCCUCUGACGGAAGAACACACUCUUUGCGCCAAAGUGGAUAAAAAUGAGUACUGCCCGAAGUCUAAUGUCGGUUCAGGCUGUAACCAGAUGUGGCUCAAUUACGACAGAUCCUACGUGACGCUUCCUCCAAAUUCAAACUCUGACGCCCUUCAAACAGAGAUGUCCAAAGACAUCUGCCUGCAGCGACCGAUGGACUCCACAUUCAAAACUAUCUCCUUCCCAGAUCAUUACUCGUAUACCUACUACGGGUCCACAAGCGGUGCUUGGAGAUCUUUCCCAGGAAGAGACGCUACAGACCAGAAGUGCGCCAACUUCGAGUGUCGGCGACGUCCCUGGUACUUGGAUGGCAUUUCGGUAGCGAAGCAGGUUAAGAUUCUCAUUGACACCGGAAAUUCCAUGGGCAUCGGCGUAACUGGGGAAUACCAACGGCCUCUCCAGACUACCUACUUACAUGUUGCAAUCGAUAUAACUUCAUCCCUACUUCAGACUCUGUCCCCAGGGGAUUGGGUGGAGGUGUGGUCAUUCAAUACAAGCGGCGCCGUCUCUCUAGGAGCACCAGUGAAUGUGGGACCUUACACUGAUCCUAAUAGCCGUCCUGAGUUGCGGCCCUUGGAUAAUAGCGUGCGAGCUUUGACGCAUUCAGCAGACCCGGCACCAUCCGACCUCGCUACCGCAAUUACCAAGUCAGUAUCCAGUUUUCAAUCCACAGCAACUCAAACCUUGAAGGUGAUAAUCGUCUUCACUGAUGGCCUAUUCUCCGAUUUCAACACCACCACGUUUCCAACCGCACUUAUCGCACAAAAUCGGGUCAAAAUCAUACUAUUCAAGCUCCCCCGGAACUCCGACUCAGAUCCGUUCUUGUUAAAAACCACCUUGCAACCAAUACUGUGCGGUGUGCAAGGAUCAUUUGAGCUCUUGGAAGCACCUGCUACUUUAAAUCCCCUGUACGCCAUCAGAAGUUACUUCUCCUAUUUGGCCAAGAUUCACGAGGAUAUUGUUGAGUCGAAAGCCACUUGGAGUAAUGUGUACAAAAGCGUAUCCCAAGAACUCGACGCCGUUACUGUCACUGCACCAGCGUUUGACAAGCAAGGAAGUUUGAUAGGAGUGGCAGGAAUUGAUGUGUUUCUGAGCGAGAUGGAGAGUCGGACGCGAUCAUUGGUGGUUGCAGAUUUGUCGAAUAGAAGAAGAGGAACCCAACCAGCUCCUGCAAACGUUACCUUCGUGUGCAGCUACCAGAAUCAGUCGUUGGAAGCAGCAGCACCCACCUCCUGCUCGUCUACCCUGCUGCCCGCCGACGGAGUCCUCUGCCAGGCCACAGACACGAGGAACCUGGCCGACCGUGUCUGUUGCGGCCAAUGCUCGACCGUACCUCCACCUCCGUAUGCAUGGUGGAAAAUUCUCCUCAUCUGCGUCGCCAGUUUACUUGGGAUUGUAAUUUCGUCUCUCGCCUUGUAUUGUUAUUGCUGCAGACCUAAUAAUGAAAUCAUGUUUUAGUAGCAGCAGUAGUGAGGAUUUCUAGCCAAUGUCUGUACCAUCGCCAUAUUUUCAUCACCAUUUGAAUGUGAUUUUGCCGAAGUAUUGGUCAACA